AUGGCGGCUCCUCUUCGCUGUAAUGUUUGCUUUCGGCAGCCGGUCAGAGAAGUGAGCAGAUUCGCGCUCACUAACUGCGGACACGUCCUGUGCGAACCCUGUCUGCAGAAAGGCACCAAAGACGAGUGCGCCGUGUGUAAGAAUAUGUGCCGCACCAUAUUUCUCUCUAAUCAGACAAAUCCUGAAGUUAAAAUGUUUUUUAUGGAUAUUAACGUAAUUUGCAAAAAGUAUUCAAAGGAGCUCUCGCAAAUUUCAGAAUUUCAGGAAAGCCAUAGACGAAGAUUACUUACACACUAUAAAGCAAAAAUUGCAAAAUUAGAAGAUACCAUUAAGACGCUGACACAACAAUUACAAAGUUUCCACACAUUUAGCGAUCCCCAAGGAUGUAUUAAUAUGCCUUCUAGUCACAUCCAGAAACCUUCUCAAUCUUCAGUCUCGAGUAUGGUGAGAAAUCCCGGCUCAGCUGUGCAUUCGGAAAGCCAGUCGGGGUAUUCUUCUUAUUCUCGUCCUCUCUCACGACACCACUUGUACCAAAACGUUGACAAUGUUGAUCCCAGUGCGUCGCUGAAGAAGAAUCUUCAAACUGUUGCGGCACCAUCCAGAUUAUCCUUGAUAAGUCCACCUCAAGACGGGCGCAUGGGACAUAUUAUCAGCAGAAGCAAUAGUCAAAGCAGCGUAUACAGUGCAUUAAGGUCGGCCCAGUUGGGUAGCUCGCAGCAGGCCAGCGCACGUUGCCAGUUUUCCCAACCCAGGCUGCAGAUCCAGCGAACUGGAGCGUGGGACAUUUCCAGUCAAAUGCAGCAACCAUUGCCACAGUCCUCGCAGUCAUCCGCAGCAAGACACCCGAUAUCUCUCAGCGGGAUCUUACAGAGACGUCUGUGAAGUCAUUUUUACACAUCUGUACUUUUAACGAAAGGCUUAUAUAGGAUAUGCAUAUACUUACAUUAUGUAACGCUUUUAUAUUUCUAACAGCGGAAUGAGUGUUUGCAUCAUCAUCCUCAUCAUCCUCAUCCCCAUCUUUCUUUAAAUAUCUGUAUGUGUCCUACAAACUGGCCAAUAGCUGAUACGCAAAUCCCGAAACCUG